AUGAACACAUUGAACCACUGGGCCCCGACCUUCGACUGCGAAACAUGCAGCCGCGAAUUCAACUCGCAGAACGCGGCUAAUCAGCAUAUGAAUGCGACCAACCACUGGGCACCGCGGAUUGAAUGCGAGACGUGUAAUGAUAUGUUUCAAACUCAGAGUGCUGCGGAUCAGCAUAUGAGUGAAUACGGGCAUUACCGGAAUUACUGCAAGCCUUGUGGGAGGCGCUUCAAUAAUGAAAAUAAUCUACGCGCGCAUCUCAACUCCCGAAUCCACCGCGGCACAGAAAUAUCAUGCCCCUUCUGUAAAGCCCGCUUCGUCUCUACCAGCGGUGUCUCGCACCACCUCGAAACAUCCUCCUGCCCACAAGCCCAAUCCCUAAACCGAACCUCCAUAGCCCAAAUGGUCCGCCGCGCCGAUCCACACGGGAUAAUCACAAACAAGUUCAUCGAAUACCCGGACCACGACGAAGGAACCUAUACCGCAACGAGGGCCGCGUAUAACGGACAAGCAUGGGAAUGCUACAUCUGCCAUCGCCAACUCGCCUCAUCGAAUGGACUGAAUCAACAUGCGAAUUCACCGGUGCAUCAACAGAGUAUUUAUCAUUGUCCGAAUCAGGGACGGAAUUGCACGAAGCAGUUUGUUUCGUUGGCCGGGUUUUUUAAUCAUUUGGAGAGUGAGUCUUGUGGGUUUAUCCGGUUUGAGAAUGUACAGGCUGCGCAGAGACAGUUGACGGAUGCUAUGGCUGGGAGGAGGAUGAUUGCGGGGGUGUUUUGA